AUGGAUACCACUGGACUGAUCUACCUGAAGCGGCCAAGGCUUGUCGAGAGCUUCUCCGUUGUGGAUGUAAAGUUUUGCCUCUAUGCACAAGGAAAGGUAGAUGCCAUGAAGCUGGACUUGGGUGUACUACAAUGUGUUCAUGUGAAGGAUAUUAUGACUUUCAAUUUGAUGCUUGAGCUCAUGCUGACGGCGGCCGGAUUCACCGUCAGACAGCACAUCCACCUGAGAACCGACAACAUGAAACGUCGCGUGACCGACGACGAGAUUGCCGACGUCGUGCGCGCCAUGGCGGAUGACGGUCGAGUACUGCUACUCUGCCUUGAGACGGCUUCAUACGAGUCCGAGAGUAGGGUUUUAGUAGAAGCCCACCGUAUAGGUCUGCGAAGUGACGAGUACACAUUCAUCAUCCCAAGAAUGAUGGCGCAGAAUGCUGAGGAUUUGCAUCCGUGGACAAUUAACGGAACUGUGAAUGCUACGGUGCUAGCCGCCUACGAGCCAGCCUUAGAGGCUAAUAGGUACUCGCCGUUCUUACACGAUGCCGCCUACCUGUACUUCUUGGCCGUCAAUACGUCACGUGACAGCAGAGCGGAUCUCCGGAACGGUCGUGAUCUCGUUAAGAAAAUGGUCGACCUUGAAUUUCAAGGUAUGACAGGGCGCGUCAAGGUGGACGAGAGAGGUGAUAGACGCCCUGAUCUCUAUAUCAGAGGCACGGUGAACAAGUACCAAACGAUCCUAGCUAUUGCUGAAUCUAGUAAGCCACAGGAUCAGAUUUUCUCCAUGAUAAACUUUGACGCAUUCUGGGCAGAGAGAACGCCAUCUGGUGGUCCGAUUACUGACCAUCCACUUUGUGGUUUCCGCAAUGAGCUAUGCGAACCCGAAGAAAAUAACCAGCUUAUGCACGUUAUUAUUGGAGUUAGUACGGGCGUCCCGGUACUGCUUGCUAUCGUAGGAUGGAUAGUGAACUACCUCGUCGGCAAGCGGAUGUUGCAAAGGGAGCUAGAUAGGAUGCUGUGGAAAAUCUCUAGUGAGGACAUCGAGUUGGUUAACUUGAAUCGAUCCGCGGGCGUUUCUAUCAGCCAGUUGAGCACGUCGUCGCACUUCCAGAUGGGCAAAAUAAUGGCGGCCUCGAGGCGGUACUCUAUGUAUCCCCAGAACAGCGACAGCCUGUCCAGCUGCAUCGCCCUGCACAAGGGGGUGCUGGUGGCUGCAACGAAACUAGGACAGGAGCGUAUCAUCAUUAAUCGCGAGGACCUGUUGUUGUUGAGAGAGGCUGACAGACUUGCGAUCCAGAUUGGUGAUGGUCCAGGAGAUGACAAGCCAAAAGGUUGCCUUCCGCCUGUGGACCUGUCUCACUUUGAUGGUACUGAACAGGAGAGACGCGACAUCGAAGACCUGCUACGUCGCUAUGCUGAUGUCUUUCUGAAAGAUGGGGAGCCCCUUUCUGCUACACCGAAGAUCCAAUUUCUUGGGCAUUUUGUGAGUGCUGAUAAAGUCUCCACAGAUCCUGGAACAAUAAGAGCAGUGGCAGACUGGCCAGUACCCACCACAUUGAAGAAGGAUGCCAAGGACGUACAUGCUGUACUCACAAAAACCAGCGAGAUGACAACUGUUCCUGUCGAAGUAAAGACGGCUCUGGUAGAACAGGUGCAGAGUUAUCGUGUCCCGGAUGUGUGUGAGGUGGAAAUAGCUACUCCGUUACCCUCGAUAUCACUAGACGCUGUUGCUAACAUGCAGCGCCGUAAUGCUGUAGUUGGAAAAGUUCUCGAGUACUGGUCCCAAGGCAAGAAACCGAGUCUACAUGCUGACAGACUUGCGAUCCAGGUUGGUAAUGGUCCAUGUGAUGAUAAGCCAAAAAGUUGCCUUCCGCCUGUGGACCUGUCUCACUUUGAUGGUACUGAACAGGAGAGACGCGACAUCGAUACCGAUAAGAUGUAUGACAGACGCGUCAAGGUGGACCGAGAGGUGAUAGACGCCCUGAUCUCUAUAUCACAGAGGCACGCAGCGGAUGUUGCAAAGGGAGCUAAUAGGAUGCUGUGGAAAAUCUCUAGUGAGGACAUCGAGUUGGUUAACUUGAAUCGAUCCGCGGCGUUUUAUCAGCCAGUUGAGCACGUCGUCGCACUUCCGGAUGGGCAAAAUAAUGGCGGCCUCGAGGCGGUACUCUAUGUAUCCCCAGAACAGCGAGAGCCUGUCCAGCUGCAUCGCCCUGCACAAGGGGUGGGGAAUAUACUGAAUAACUUCGACAUCAAUCUUGAUUGGAUGUUCAAGCUUUCCUUCAUCGCCGACAUCGCCAAUGUUGAGACUAUCGGGGAUGCUUAUAUGUGUGUCAGCGGACUGCCUCAGAGGAACGGCGAUCAGCACGUCGCUGAGAUCUGCAACAUGGCGCUGGAGCUCUGCACCGCCAUGUCACAAGUUCACGUGCCACAUCUACCGACGAUGACGUACCAGAUCCGGAUAGGCAUAAACACGGGGCCGUGUGUCGCCGGUGUUGUAGGGCUGAUGAUGCCCCGGUACUGCUUGUUUGGUGACACUGUCAACACGGCGUCGCGCAUGGAGUCAAACGGAUUACGUAAACCGUACACGGCUCAACCAGUGACGCACCGCCAUAGUUUAAGAUGA